AUGCAAUUAAGUGGAAUUGUUCAAGUGCGAAAUAAUGAAGUGACCAUUAGAAUCCUAAAAGCUUGCCCUAUUUUGCCUCAUGAGCGUAAAAACAUUUCUGAUCUGAAAUAUCGAAACAAAAGUGACAAGAAUGGAGUAAACAUGACAAAAUCUUGUAUUUUGAAGUAUGUGUACAAUGUAAGAGGUCAAUUUGCUGUCAACUCACAUGCGAAAUCAUUUGCUUUAAUCAAUGGCAGAGAACUCGUCGGAGCUUCAAUAAAGUUCUCCCAACCUAAAUAUCUCAUUUUUAGUCAUUUUCUAUCCUUCACUCUGAUGUACACUACUGUGAAUCCCAAGUAUAUUUCCAAUAUAAAUACACGUGGGCUGAAGGAGAAGUUGGACUUGAUAUAA